UCCAAACCUUUUCCAUCGCCUUCUUAGCUUUCCCACUGGUUCUCAUUCCUCCAACCCCACCUAUUUCCUUGUUCCCAAUCUGCUCUCCAUCGACUCAAGUUUCUUAUCUCCUUUUCUUCUUUGUCAUUAAAAACCGCACCUCCCUCUCUUCCUCACGAAUCAUUCUCUUCUUCGGACAUCUUCUUCGUCCCACUCCCGUCCCAUCUCUUCUCCAUUAAAUUAUUCUCAGUGCACUUUCAUUCACUGACUCUACUUGGGACAUCUUCCUUCCCAGGUUUCAGUAAAAUCCUGUUCCCCUGCUCUUCUAGCAAAUCUCAAAUCUUCUUCUCUGAGUAUUUGAACACGUUCUCUGCUUUCAUGUUCACGACUUUUAGCGCACGCCGGCAAUCUCCCAUGCUUCUAGUUUAAGCUCACCCUUCUUAUAUUUCCCACUGAAACCUCUCCUUUCCCUUCUUCAAUGGAUCCGCCGCCCCAUGACCGCCCCCAAACACCACAAUUUCUACCGCCACCCCCAACUCUUUCAAAUAGCAGCUUUCCCGUCCUAGUUACCGCCAUCUGUGGCAUCCUCGCCGCAGCCAUCCUUCUCCUCGCCUACUAUCUCUUUGUGAUCAAGUGCUUCUACAACUCGCGCCGAUCCGACGUCAUCUCCCGGCGCUCUCGCUCCUGGAUGCGCAGCGAGAACUCACUCAUGGUCUUCCCGACGACCAUCCAAAGCCGUGGCCUCGAAGAAUCUGCCAUUCGGGCAAUACCGACAUUCCGAUAUCGGAGAGCCGGUGACGGCGACGAGCAGGGGAAGAGUUCCUUCCACGAGUGUGCUGUGUGUCUCAAUGAGUUUCAAGAUGAAGAGAAGAUCAGAGUACUUCCCAACUGUUUUCAUGUCUUCCACAUAGACUGCAUUGAUACUUGGCUCCAAACAAACGCGAAUUGUCCCCUCUGUAGGUCCGACAUCACAACCACCAGCCCAAUUCCUGAUGACCGCUUAAUGGACUUUGCCUCCCACCAGAAUCUUCAACAUAGUGGGGAUAUCGUGAUAGAAAUUAGUAAUGAUGGCAGUGAUGAGGUUCAAGCAGCUAGUAGCUGCACCAAUACUGAUCCUUCUUCCAUGAAGGCGGAGCAGGGGCUUGGGCACAAGAAGGGGAGGAAGCUCUACCACACGAGCAGCAUGGGGGAUGAGUGCGUUGAUGCGAGGGAAAAAGAUGAGCAGUUCCCCAUCCAGCCCAUAAGGAGGUCCUUCUCUAUGGACGCUUCAAGUGAUAGGCAGCUCUACAUGGCAGUGCAGAACAUCUUGCAGCAGAACCCGCACUUUAAAGAGGUUAGCACCGAGGAAAGCAGCAGCAGCAGCAGCAAUUCAGGGAGGAUCCGGCGAUCUUUCUUCUCGUGUGGCCCGUGCCGGAUUUCAAGGAGCGCUGUUCUUCCGAUUCGAAAUGAGGGGUGAUCGAAGAGAUUUCUCCUGCUUCUUCUCCUCCUCCUAUCAGGCUUUGGAAUAGACUAUCGUAUGAACAUAAAGCGAGCUCAUAUUGGAACUGAACUUUAGAUGAAGUGUAUAAGCUUUUUUUUCUUUUCUUUUUUUUGAUGAUAAUGCAGAGUAUAAGCUUAGUUAUGUUUUUGUAUGGCAGCAUUGCCUGAAUCAUAAUAGGUUAAAAGUUUUCUUCCCCUGUUUUUACUAAGCUCUGCUCCUUUCUUUCUU